AUGGCCAUUAGCCAGACUAAGGAAAAAGACGGUAUAACAGGCGUGAUCGACCAUGUUGCACACAUCACCGAAGAUACCAGGUUUUGGCCGUUAGCCAGGCUCAGCAGAGGUGUUCUGCGAAUGCGUAAUGGUGUAGCAAACGUUGCUGCGAAGGUUCUACCAUCUAUGGGACAAGAACGUAUAGAAGAACUUCUUCAGCACUAUGUGACGACUUUGAACUGGAGGAACAACUGGCUUCGCUGUGUGGCCGUACACGAUGAAGGUCGUCGUAUAGCGAUCUGUCAAGCGAACAACUAUAUAAGGAUUUACAAAAUUGGACGAAGCCAGAAGACACCUCUGACUUUGAAGCAUCCAUUGCAAACCAAUGUUGCUUCGAUGGCUUGGGAGCCUUUUGACCAGCGAGUCCUUGCAGUCGCUGCCAACAAUAAGAUUUUGAUAUGGAGAUUGACCUUGAAGGCGGCCAAUAUCAAGCCUUCUGUACAUUGCGCGCAAGUCAUUGAAUUGCCCUUUGAACCUAUAAGUCAACUUGUGUGGGACCGGACAACGACGAACGUGCUUUUCGCUGUAUCUCCUAAUAGCAAUAAGAUCAUGAUUGUUGACAUAUCUACCGGAGAAGUCGAUUCUUUUGGUGCUUGGACUGGUGGGAAUGUCACCCAGAUUGUCCCAAGUGCAGAUGGUCGUCGUCUUGCUGUUCUGUAUACUGGGUGUAUGACCGAAGUUGUUGGCGGGAAGAGCGAUGGGGUUCCCUACCAGGACGAGCCGGAAAUAGUGACGAUUGGUGGAAGAGUACAGUCCCUUACUCUGAGCCCCGACGGCCAAAGAUUAGCCGUAAACUUCGCGGAGAAUACAUCUGUCAUUGCCAUCUUCAUAGUGGAUUGGUUUCCUACAGUCCGGUUAACUCCAAGUGGCUUUGUCGAAGCUCCUCUUUAUGGAAAUGCAUCCAUCAUCACUUUUUUACCAAAGUUUGAUGGUGGCUCUCUUCUAACU